UUUUUAGAAUUAUUUUGAAUUAAUGGAUUUCCCACAAACAUUUGCCCUGGAAGCUUCAAUGUUGACCAAACGUUUCCGCCAACUUCAAUCAUUGGUUCAUCCCGAUAAGUUUACCAACAAAACAUCACGUGAACAAUCGAAUUCAGCGGAUUGGAGUUCCUUGAUAAAUAAGGCCUAUAAAACUCUACUAGUUCCCAUUGAACGUGGCCAAUAUCUGUUAAAAUUGAAUGGUCGUGAAAUACCUCAAGAUAAUAGCGCUUUAAAUAAAGAAUUCCUUAUGGAAAUGAUGGAACGUAACGAAGAAGUUGAUGAGGCAACAACAAAACAAGAACUGGAAGCCAUUCAUGAAAGUUUAACACAAGAACUGGACGAGAAAGUCAAAUUCCUGAGUAAACAUUUUGCGGAUAAUAAUUUGGAUGAAGCAACCGGUGUAAUGGUAGAAAUGAAAUAUCUACUGAGCAUACAAAAAACAAUUAAAAAUAAAUUGCAAUCGUUAAUGGGCAGUUGAGUU